CUAUUACGCAAAGCUACGUCAGCAGGAGAUAGAGCGCGAGAGGGAGUUGGCCGAGAAGUACAGGGAUCGAGCCAAGGAGAGGAGAGAUGGCGUGAACAAGGACUACGAGGAAACAGAGCUGAUCAGCACAACUGCCAACUACAGGGCUGUGGGGCCGACAGCAGAGGCGGAUAAAUCAGCUGCGGAGAAGAGGAGACAGUUGAUCCAGGAGUCUAAGUUCUUGGGUGGUGACAUGGAGCACACUCACUUGGUGAAAGGUCUGGACUUCGCACUGUUGCAGAAGGUACGGGCUGAGAUUGCCAGCAAAGAGAAGGAAGAGGAGGAAAUGAUGGAGAAGCCACAGAAAGAAACUAAGAAAGAUGAAGAUCCUGAGAACAAAAUUGAAUUUAAGACCCGGCUGGGUCGUAAUAUCUACCGCAUUCUGUUCAAGAACAAGGCCUACGAGCGGAACGAGCUGUUCCUACCAGGGAGAAUGGCCUACGUUGUAGAUCUGGACGAUGAAUAUGCCGACACCGAUAUCCCAACCACACUGAUCCGGAGCAAGGCUGACUGCCCCACCAUGGAGGCACAGACCACACUGACCACCAAUGACAUUGUCAUCAGCAAACUGACGCAGAUCCUCUCCUAUCUCAGGCAAGGGACCCGCAACAAGAAACUCAAGAAGAAAGACAAAGGGAAGCUGGAUGAGAAGAAGCCCCCUGAAGCUGAUAUGAACAUCUUUGAAGACAUUGGCGAUUAUGUACCCUCCACUGCAAAGAUGCCACGGGAGAAGGAGCGGGAGAGGUACCGUGAGAGAGAGCGUGACAGGGACCGGGAGCGUGACAGGGACCGGGAGCGUGACAGGGACCGGGAGCGGGAGAGGGACAGGGAGCGUGACCGUGAGCGGGAGGAGGAAAAGAAGAGGCACAGCUACUUUGAGAAGCCCAAGGCUGAUGAUGAGCCCACAGACAUCGAGAAAGGACCCGGCUCAGCCAAGGAGCUCAUCAAGUCCAUCAAUGAGAAGUUUGCUGGAGCUGCUGGCUGGGAAGGAGCAGAGUCAUUGAAGAAGCCAGAAGAUAAGAAGCAGCUGGGGGACUUCUUUGGCAUGUCAAACAGCUACGCCGAGUGCUACCCUGCUACAAUGGAUGAUAUGGCUGUGGACAGUGAUGAAGAGGUGGACUACAGCAAAAUGGAUCAGGGUAACAAGAAAGGACCUCUGGGCCGCUGGGAUUUCGACACCCAGGAGGAGUACAGCGAAUAUAUGAACAACAAAGAGGCUCUGCCCAAGGCAGCCUUCCAGUAUGGGAUCAAGAUGUCUGAGGGACGCAAAACCCGUCGCUUCAAGGAGACAAAUGACAAGGCAGAGCUGGAUCGGCAGUGGAAGAAGAUCAGUGCGAUCAUUGAGAAGAGGAAAAAGUUGGAGGCUGAUGGGGUUGAGGUGAAACGUCCCAAGUACUGA